UACACGGUUUGUGGAAACAUCUCAUAUCAAAUAAAGACCGCAGGUUCUUUUAUUGGAAAUUUAACCGAGGGUUCCCCCCCGAAGACUUCUUUGAGCAGUGGUACUUAACAUUGCUUUCAUUUUCAUAGGGCUUAGUUCACUGUGAACUAUCACACCAUAACUUGUAAUAGCCUACUAAAAGCUACACAUUCUCGGGCUUGAAGUCUGCUUGGCGUCAGAGGGAACGGUUGCUGAGAAGAGAUGCCAAGGAAGGAGCUAGCUAGCACGCUUGCUAUCGAUACAAACAAGGUUGUCAAAAAGAAUGCUUAGAUGUUUUCUUUUUAGAUGAUCCUGCAAUAUGCAUAAUGCCAGCCACAUAUUUCCGCCAGACUCGAAAGCGAACUAUGUUUAUCGUUACCCAGCGACAUUUAGCCUGUAAAGAAACGGAACAGCAUUGUAUCUGAGUAGCUAACUUAGCUAGCUAGGUGAAUAGGACAAGAAAGUCGCAUAGCUAGCAGGCUAAAUGUUAGUUUUUGCCGACUUGUAUGAGCACUUAUAGUUAGUAAGGUUGCAGACCUUUGGUAUAUGUUUGUUUGGUUUCUCGUCAGUGUACGAAUUGUCGUUUCCUUUACUUGAAUGCUAACCACGCGUGUGUUUUAGCUAGUGAGCUACGGUGGUUCUUAUUAUUUAGCUAACUAGUUUGCGCGGCAUGGCUGGUGGAUAUUUUGACGAUUUCUAGUUAUCUGGCUUGCUAGGCAGUCGUCAGACAGAUGAGGCGCACAAACCAGCCAGCUAGCACCCUGGCUAGAUAACUGACUACCAGUCAAAUGUGUGCGUCCCUUCAAAUCAAGGAAGCAUUUGCUUCGUGUGAAAAUCCGGUUAUUGUUACGGCUGGCAAACUGAGGUGGAGGCCACGUCAGUGUCAUUGCAUUUCAUGAGUUGUACAGCAGCAGAUCAGUUUUCUCGCUACCAGUUGACAGUAUUUCAUGAGUAGACAGGCGUGGGUGAGGAAAAAACACCACAUUUUGCUAAUAGCUUAGGCGACAACACAGCAGCCAUAACGCUGAUUAAAUUGCUAAACAUUAGUAGUCCUGUGGCCCUCAGUGGGAGAUAAUAAACAUUCUCAAAUGGUGGGUUUCGGUGCAAAUCGAAGGGGAGGCCGCCUCCCGUCCUUCAUCCUAAUAGCGUUGAUGGGUGUUAUCCUGAUCCUGUCGUUCAACUACUGGGCUGUGUCCAACAAGCACAGUCGCCUGCUUGACGAGCUGGCGGAGGUGCAGGCGCAGGUGAAGCGCACGGAUGCUGCGCGCAGUCGGCUGGAGAAGCGCAACUCGGAGCUCAUGGUGCAAGUGGACACGCAUCGGAAGCAGAUUGACCAGAAGGAAGGCGAUUACAGUGCACUGGAGGCCAAGCUGCAGACUCGCGAUGUGCAGGUCAAGAAAUGCACAGAUGAGAAGGUGAAGCUGCAGAGUGAUGUCACAGCUCAGACGUCAGAGAUUCAGAGGUUGAAAGAGCAGCUGAAGGAACUGCGGCAGGAGUUCGUGAAACAGGAGGACCAGCUCCGGGAGGUAAAGAAGAACAGCACCCACCUGGAGAAGAAACUGGAGUAUGAGAGCUUGCAGUGUGGUCGUCAGAUUGCUGAGCUGAAAGAGCAGUAUGAGGAGAGUAAGAAGACCCUGGAAGAAGAGGCAGCAAAGCUGCGACAGAGUCUGCAGGAGACCCAUGUAGGGGGCGCAGUGAGCGUGCAUGCAGGCGGGGGCACACAGGGCCUGACUGCUGGAGAGCGCCACACAGAAGCCACACAGCGACGCAUCAGCAUUGAACUGAAAGACUUGGGAAAGCCUGGGAGUGAUGCUGGCAUGCCAGGCAUUGAAGACAGCGAAGUGGGCAAAGUGGACGAUCUGCAGUUUGCCCUAAAAAAGCCAGCUAUAACCCAGAACCAGCUGGAGGAGGCAAAUGACGUGGGUGUGAAGGAAGAGAGGGCGGGGGCGGGCGAGGGCGCCAGGCAAGACCCUGAUCUGCACCUGGACACGGAGCACAGCCGUGUGUCGGAGCUGAGCCCAGAGCGACUCGGCAAGGAGAAGGAGGAUCCCAGCAACGCGCUGCAGCAGCAGCAGCCCCCUCCGCAGCCCAUGGUGGACGCACCUGCGCUCUUAGACGGGGAACCCAAGGCGGUCAUCCACGCCCCUGACAGUGUAAAGACAGAGGGUCAAGAGGUGAAAGGUGUGGCCCUACCGCCACCCCCGAACCCAGUGGAGCCACAGCGCGCCAGAGACCCCCCACCUGCGGACCCUCCCCGUCACCGCCAGAGCCGUUUCUUUGAUGAGAACGAGUCCCCUGUAGAUCCGCAGCACGGCUCUAAGCUGGCGGACUACAACGGGGACGACGGGAACGUGGGCGAGUACGAGGCCGACAAGCAGGCCGAGCUGGCCUACAAUGAGGAAGAGGAUGGUGAUGGCGGGGAAGAAGAUGUCCAAGAUGACGAAGACCGGGACCUCCAGGGAGAGCGGGCUGUGGACUAUGGGAAGCGACACCAAGCCAUUGAUGUCCUGUAGACCAUGACAAGGCUAAAGAAUCUUAGGGGAUCAGAACUCUUGUCACUUGACCAGAAUGACAGGCUUGAAGGAAAAAAAAGUGUGUUACUCCUUGGCCUUUAUUUCACUGGUGCUUUGAUGUCAUUAUUCUGUAGACUGAGUAGAGACAUUAAAGAAGUGGAUAGACUUUUUGUAGAAGCUUCCACGAAGGGUAUAGAAAGUUAUUGAGAGGCUACAGGUUAGAAUAUGAUUCUCUAAAACAGCUGAAAAAAACCCUACAUAUCCUUGAGUAUUUUAUACAGAUAAGGAAAUAUUACACCCCUCAGUGUGUCUUUCUACCACAUUUUGACUUAACAAAUGCAUCUGUGUGCAGAGAAAUGAUUUCUGAUUUUUACUUUUAAAUAGGAAUGUAUUCCAUGGGGAAAUGAAGGUUAUAUGAAAUUGGUUUUGUUUUUCACUUUCAGAAAAUGAAAGCAAUUUUGGUUCAUUGUUUAGUAAACAUACAGUCACCCAGCUGUGAGGGGCAGGACUGUUAGGGAUGGUAGUGUGUGCUGAAAGCAUGGCUGUCAGAUUGGGACUGAGGAUCACCUUCAACUCCAGCCUGGACUCCAUUACUGACAGAGGCACACUGACUUCUCAGAUUCUGUCAGUCCCUGAUAAAAAGAACAUUGUCAGGACCAGAAUUUCUAAAAAAAAAAAAUGGUGUUUUCUCCCUUUUUUUCUUUUCUGGGAAGAAUUUAAUGAAGAACUGGAAUCUUCUGCUGUGAGAACUGUUUCUCAUCUCUUGCAAAGCAAAAUAAGGUGGAAGGGGUGUGUGAAGAAGAACUCUUUCUGUGGAGACUCUUGCUGUUCAAAUCGGAGAACGGAAAACCACAUGCGCGUUUGGACAUUGCCUUUUUCGAGGAAUCUGCUGCUGCAUGCAUUGAUAUUGCAAGCUUUGUUAUCUAGCCAAUUCUUAGAGCGGCUAAAAAAAAAGGUGCGGCAAACAUGUAAUCAAAGUUUAUCGUUAGGAAUCCAUGUACGGCAGAUAAAUUAAUUGCACAUCUGGAGUUAACCCUUGUUCAGCAGUCUCCACUACUGUGCUUUUAUGUAUUACUCCUAGGCGUUUAUUAUGUAAAUAGAUCUGUGUGACAUGACUAUUAUUCUUCACAGGUAUUUGGGUGGUAGGCCCUAAAAUCAAUGUUCCAACUCUGUGUAGAUCAGUGAUUACUGGUUGGGGUCCGGCAUAUUGAAUGUACCUCGGUGGAUCUUUUUUUUAUUAUUACUAUUGUUAUUAUUUGAGAUGUAAAAUUUGGUGAACUUAUAAGACUACUUAAGACAAAACAAAACAAGAAAAACGGUUCUUAUGUCAAUAAGGAAAAAAGUAAAGACAAACUGUUUCUUAUCUUGCCCCACAAAGAAAAUUUUGCUGGUCCUCUGUUAAAGAGAAUCAGGCUCUUGUUAUCACUGUGACAGGAAGGGUAGUAUGAACUGUGUAGUCUCAACUGUGGUCCUUCUCUAAAUUGCAGCACUCAUUUUUACAGAUCACUCCAAUCCAUGCAUAAAUUGAAA